AGGAUAAAAAGUACGCUCCUACGAUUUUAAAUGAACACUGAGCUAGCUUACAACUUCAGCUUUAACAUUUUAUACCAGUUUACAGGUGUAUUAGAGAGUUAAUUUGCCUUCUUAGCUUUCAAACAGCAAUGGUUAAACGUCAAAGUGAAAGAAGAAGAUUAAGCUGAGAUGUCCACAAGCAUUCAAUUGACAACCAGUACUCUAUCUUUAGCAAAUUCCAUCAGUCGAUCGUAAGUCAUUCGGCGUUCUUCUGCCAAACUAGAUGUAAUGAUCAACCGCUUCAGAACACAAGCAUUUUUUAGCAAGUAGAUGGCAAACUCCAUUUGGUUAGCAGUGCUAUAAAAUGAAGGCAGCUUUGAUCAAAUGUACUUGGAUAUAUUCGCAAGACUCUAGCUUUUCUUGGUUAACAUGACAAACUAAAAGAUAGGUUAAGGUGAUGAGCCUUGGAAGAACCUGACCAUGUUAUUAAUGCACAGAAUGUAGAGGACUCCUCCUUUAGCCCCCUGCAUAAAAUAAACUUUGAUGCAGCUGUUGCUAAGGAGGAUCAGGGUGCAAUAAGGGUGGUAGCUAGAGACCAUUUUGGCAGGUUCUUGUUUUAUACAGCUAAGUGUUUUCAACAUUGCUCCUCCUCAAUCCUGCUUGAGAGUUUGGCCUUGAGGGAAGCGAUUGAGUUAGAAAAAAUGAAUGGAGUUCAGGAUUCCAUCGUUGAAGGAGAUGCAAAGGGCAAUUUGGAGGCUUCAAUUGAAGUCAAGGGCAUAGAUUGGAGUGGAUUUUUCUAAUUCCAUCAAAAUUUGUAAUUCCUAUUUUUGUUUUGGGGUAUAAUUACAAAACUUGACCAACUUGGGGCCUUAAAAGUUAAAAUUUUGAAAAAAAUCCACAACUUCUAUUUCCCCGCUUCCUUUCCAUCCGCUCUCUUGCUCUGUCUCUCUCCUCGCAAUUCAAAUUCUUGUCUCAAGUCUCAAGUUUCAAGUGGAAGCAGGAAAUGUACAACAUCUCCAACGACACCGUUUCUGUUCACGAUCCUCUCUUCCCAUGGCUACUGUCAAUCAAGAAGGCGCUUGAUAACAAAUCAUACGGUGGAGAUUUGAACAAGCUUUUAUUAGAUUGUAUUAAUACUUUCAAGCACAAUCCACAGUACCGUAACGAUCCCAGAUUUCUCAAGAUUUGGCUCCUUUAUUUGGAAGGUAAUGAAAAUUCUGAGAUUAUUUUCAAAGAAAUGGAAGAGAACAAUAUAUGCUCUGACUAUUCAUUGCUGUAUGAACUGUAUGCGGGUUUGCUUGAACUAAAAGAGAAUUGGCAGCAAGCACAUAUGGUUUAUCAGAUUGGCAUUUCAAGGAAAGCCAAACCCCUUGAAAGUUUGAAGGGUGCACAUGCUUCAUUUCUCCAGAGAAUGUGUAACAGGAAAAAAGCUUGUUCACUUCAAAAGGUUGAUGGUGAUGAAUCCAUUGACAUGGGGAGAAAUUAUGUUAAUCCAUGGUCCACUUCCACCACAGAAGAGCUAUUGAAGAAGAUAAAUCCGCACAUCAGGAGAUAUGACGGAUACCAUCCAUAUAAGAAAGCUUAUCCCGGGCAAGUGAACUUGUCUUCUCUAGGAAAUGCAUCAAGGAAUAAGAUUGUUAAGAUAGGUGGAAAGCUGUACCAAAUCAAGGGUUGUGCUGGUCAAGGUGGUUUUGCUAAAGUCUAUAAAGCAUAUGUCAACAGUAAUCCUGAUGAUGUUGUUGCACUGAAGAUACAAACACCUCCUUUUCCUUGGGAAUUUUACAUGUAUCGCCAACUUGAUCACCGAAUCUCAAACACACAAAGGUCAAGCUUCGGUUUCGCUCAUGAAAUGCAUGUCUAUUCUGAUUAUAGCAUACUUGUCUGUGACUAUCUCCAUGGGACACUUCAUGAUGUCAUUAAUUCUUACGUUGUCAUUGGCAAGUCUAUGGAGGAGGUCUUGUGCAUCUAUUACACCAUAGAGAUGCUCUACAUGCUGGAGACUCUGCAUGGUAUUGGCUUAAUUCAUGGUGAUUUCAAGCCCGAUAAUCUGCUUCUUCGUUAUUCUAGGGAAGACCUUAAUGAAAAUGAGUUUGAGGGGCGAACUGGCUCUUGGGCUGAUCAGGGCCUAUGCCUUGUUGACUGGGGGAAGGGAAUAGACCUGCAUCUCUUUCCUGAUGACAUCAAAUUUGAGGGGGAUUGCCGGACUUCUGGCUUUCGCUGUAUUGAAAUGCAAGAAAAGAAACAAUGGAGAUUUCAGGUGGACACAUACGGCCUUUGCGUCGUUGUGCAUACAAUGUUGCAUAAUUCAUAUAUGGAGAUCGAAAAGAAAGCAACAUAUGAUGGUGGCUAUGUUUAUCUACCAAAAACUUCUUUUAGACGAUAUUGGAAUGUGGAUUUAUGGAAGGAGCUCUUUACACAGCUGCUUAACAAUAGCCCACAAAAUGACAAGCAGUUAUUACAGAACUUGAGGGAGCGCUUCCAAGAUUACUUGUGUUCUAAUAGUCAACUGUUAAAGAAACUAAAAGACCUGCUGGCAAAGCAAAGGCUUUCUUUUUGUUCUGCCUAGCAUUUUUUUCUACCAUUUCUCCAGAACUUUUAUACGUUAUUAUCUCAUAUGCAAAUCGGGCAUUAGAAGAAGUCAGUCAAGUGUAGAAGAGGAACCUGACACUGGAGAGCUUGCAACUUGCAAGCAUGACAGAUGUUUCUUUUUACUGCAGUUGUCCACCCAAAAUUUCCUGAAACAUGCAAAUGGUGCUAUGCCCUAGCAAGUAUGUGUUGUAUAUGAAGCUGUUAGAGUUCUUCCUCUUUGAAUCCAGUUCUGCUUUGUGUCAGACAGUCUGCAAUAUAUAAUUAUUCAUCCUCCAAAUUAUCCCCAGUACUCAUUCAUUGUAUUAAGAGUCUUCAUGAUACUUAGGAUUUAAGAUUCCGAAUAACAUUUCCUCGAUUGCUCA